AUGGGUGACCACGCUACCAUCAACGACACCUCCGCUACCGAGGCUACCUUUGCCGACAAGGGCAAGGGCAAGGCCAAGGACCCCGAGCUGAGCAUGGAGGAGGACAGCGACUCCGAGUCUGAGAACGGUGAUGAGAUGGUAAGUACCUUGCGCAUUACCCAUCGCCUUGAGAUUGUUGCCUUUGCUGCCAUCAUGACCACCUUACUGACCUGUUGCAAUAGAAUGACAAUGGUACACAACCCCUCCUCUCCCCCCACUUGCAUCCUACCACCGUCACUGCCUAUUUUACCGUGUCGUCACAACCCAAUGGUUGAAACGCGCCUUGGCUCUGGCCGUCGCGACACCUCAACACCCUCCACCAACUCUCCCCUCCUCCCAAAUCUAUUCAUCACUAAUAUCCAACCCACAGACGACGAGGACGUUGAAGACAACCUGGAACCCAUCUCCGAAUCCAACAUCAUCUCCGGUGGCCGCCGCACCCGUGGCAAGACCAUUGACUGGGAAGAAGUCCGCAACAAGAACUCCGACGAGAUGGAGGAGGACGAAGAUGAUGACGAGGACUACCAUGGCGGCGGCGAUGACGACCAGAUGCGCGACUAA